CAACCCAAAACCCCGAAAUUAGCAAUUUAUGAAAAUCAAGUAUUCAACAAUCAACACUGAGAAAAUUCCAGAAAACCCAGAAACACCAAUUUUUAAAUGUUGGAUGAAGCAAUCAUAAUCAUUUGAAGCUGAAAUCAAUGGAGAAAUUAAGCAAUUCAAGCUCAAGAGAGAUGCAAUGCAUCGGAAAAUUGGAAAUUGCGAGCCCUAAAAAACCAGUUGGAUUUCUGUGUGGUUCAAUUCCUGUUCCUACUGAUAAUUCCUUCCACUCUUUCAGCUCUGACCUCGUUCCUUCUUCUUCAACGGUGAGUGCACCGAGAUAUCGAAUGCUUCCGACAGAAACUGAUCUUAAUAAUCCGCCAUUGACGACUACCAGUGCUCCUAAUACGCGAACUUCCCCUCCUACUGAAGCAGGUGUAUCCUGGGAUGAUGGAGCUGUUACAUCUAACUUAGCUAGGAAGGGUGAGGCCCUUGCUGUAUCUGGUUUGGUGGAGUAUGGUGAUGAGAUAGAUGUCAUUGCUCCUGCAGACAUCCUGAAGCAGAUUUUUAAGAUUCCAUACACUAAGGCUCGGCUAUCAAUCGCAGUACACCGCGUUGGGCAAACUCUUAUCCUGAAUGCAGGGCCUGAUGUGGAAGAGGGAGAAAGAUUCGUAAGGAGAAAUCAGCCAAAAUGCUCAGAUGAAUCACUCUUUCUCAAUUUCGCAAAGCAUUCAGUUCGAAUGGAGGCUUGUGAUUGCCCACCCACUCAUUCCACCGCCGCAGAAGGACAAUCUAAAUCUUCUGUUCUCCCAGACCCAUUUGAUCCUACGAGUACCUCCUUCAAAUCUUCUGAAUUUUUGACUCCUAACAUUUCUGAUAAUGAAGGCACUGAUGGACAUUCUGAUUAUUCUAAAGCCAAACAAGAUGGAUUGUAUUGGGAAAGUAAGAAGAACAGAAACAAGGCACGUGAUCCCAUAAAAAAGGCUACCCGUAUUGGUGAGAAACCCAGAGGCCCAGUGCAGGAAUCCGAAAAGUAUAGAUGUAGUAAUGAUGAGUUUUUGAGAGUCCUGUUUUGGCAAUUUCACAACUUCCGUGUUCUGCUUGGCAGUGAUUUGCUCCUAUUUAGUAAUGAUAAGUAUGUAUCUGUGAGCUUGCAUCUAUGGGAUGUUUCUAGACAGGUCACGCCAUUAACAUGGCUUGAAGCUUGGUUGGAUAAUAUCAUGGCAAGUGUUCCAGAGGUAGCCAUCUGUUAUCAUAGAAAUGGUGUAGUUAAAGGUUACGAACUUUUGAAAACGGAUGACAUAUUUCUUCUGAAGGGCAUGUCUGAAGAUGGCACACCAGCAUUUCAUCCAUAUGUUGUUCAGCAAAAUGGACUCUCAGUUUUGAGAUUUCUCCAGGCAAAUUGCAAGCAAGAUCCUGGUGCUUACUGGCUAUAUAAAAAUGCUGGAGAAGAUGUGAUUCAACUUUUUGAUCUCUCUGUCAUUCCCCAAAACCAUCCACCUGAUACUGAUGAUGGUUGCUCGAGCUCUUUGCCAUCGUUGAUCCAGAGAGGAAGAUCUGACUCUUUAUUGUCGCUUGGAACUCUCCUUUACCGUACCGCUCAUAGGCUGUCUCUUUCCAUGGCUCCCGAAAGUAGGUUCAGGUGUGCUCGGUUUGUCCGAAAAUGUUUGGAGCUGUUGGAUGAACCUGACCAUCUGGUUGUCCGUGCAUUUGCACAUGAACAAUUUGCAAGACUUAUCUUGAAUAAUGAUGAAGAGAUUGACUUAGCUGCCGAAGUUUUCCCCCUCGCAGCGGAGGUGACUGUCACUGAUCAAGAAGAAGAGUCCUUGGAUAUUGUUAGUAUUAUAUCAGAAUCUAGUGUCCAGGAGUCAUCGAAUAGUGAGCAUAAUAACUCUCAGGAUACAGUUUCUGAGGCUUCUGGAAGUGAUAUUCAGGAUAUAAAUAUUUCGGAAUCUAAUGGCUUCAGUGCAUCUGAUCUUGUGGAUGCCAAGAGCUCUGGGUUUCUGCAGGAUCAUAGAGCUAGUGAAGGCUACAACUUGCACACUGUGACCUCAACUCCUGCAGAUGUAAUUCGGACUAUUGCUGAUCCGAUUUCCUCAAAGCUUGCUGCUGUACAUCAUGUUUCUCAAGCUAUCAAGUCACUGAGAUGGACACGGCAACUGCAAGGCGCUGAAUCAGAGUUUGUUAACGAUGAAACAACUCGGCCCCCACCUGUUCCUGAAAAUUUUUCUGUUUGUGCUUGUGGGGACACGGACUGCAUUGAAGUUUGUGACAUUCGGGAGUGGCUCCCAACAUCAAAGCUGGACCACAAGCUGUGGAAAUUAAUUCUUUUGCUUGGAGAAUCUUAUUUGUCUUUGGGACAAGCCUACCGGGAGAAUGGACAAUUGCUGCAAACAUUAAAAGUAGUUGAAGUUGCAUGUUCUGUUUAUGGGUCAGUGCCUCAAUAUCUUCAAGAUGCGAAAUUUAUUUCCUCUAUGGGUAAUGGUCCAGUCUGGCAGAAUAGACCCAGCAAUAGAGAGGUGCAAAGACCAAUAGUCAGAGAUGAAAGGCGACCAUGCAUGAGCUCUUAUGAUGACAGUAUUAAUCCUGCGGAUUUCUCUUCAACUUACCUCUUUUGGGCCAAGGCCUGGAUGUUAGUUGGGGAUAUUUAUGUUGAUUUUCUCACUUUACAAGGCAAAGAGACCUCUCCACCUUCAGCUCAAACAAAUUCUUCUCAGGAAUUAAAAAUGUCAUCCGAAGUUGUAAAGGAACUCAUUAGGCUUAAAAAGAAGCUGGGUCAGGAUUUAGAGAAUUGCAGCACAUGUUCCCUUGUAAACUGCAGCUGUCAGAAUGAUAGGGCGAGCAGUGGCAUAAGUGCCAGUAGCAGCAAUGGAGACACUGCCCCAUUUGUUCAUAGCAAAAGACAGAGUAGGAGAUCGCAUUUGAGAAAUACAGGCACCUCUCUCUCUGCAAACCCAGAAAAUCACCGUCCCCAUUGUAAAGUAGAUAUGGGAAGAAAUUCUGUAGGGACGGUUGAUGAAAGGGAUAGUGAUUCAACUUUAGAUGAGAAUAACAUGACUACAAAUGUCAGCAGGGAUGAUGACCAUGUGGAAGAAACUAUAGGUUCUGUUACCAUGGAACGCACUGGGGAUGCAUCAGAUAAUGCUGAUGCUUACUCUUCUUUUGACAGUUCAAUUGAAACAUCAUCUGAAGAAUCCCCAAAAUUCAGAAGUGGUGGUAUAUUUAAGUAUCUGCAAGGUCCUGGAAGUACUGAUACGGAUAGCAUUCUUUCAUCGGCAUUAAUAUGUUAUGAGUCAGCUAGUAAGUCUUUGGUUGAGCUUUCUAAUGUUUCGCAUGAGUUGCAGUCUGUGCUUAAGAAGAUAGGAUGGGUGUGCAAUGAACUUGGAAGACUCAGGCUUGAAAGAAAGAAUCUGGCCAAAGCUGAAGUUGCUUUUGCUAAGGCGAUAGAUGCAUUUAGAGAAGUUUCUGAUUAUACCAAUAUUAUAUUAAUUAACUGUAAUUUGGGUCAUGGUAAACGAGCAUUGGCUGAGGAAAUGGUAUCAAAGAUGGAGUAUUUUAAAUCAAAAUCAAUUCUCCGUGAUGCAUACAUGCAAGCCUUGGAAGCUGCUAAAGUGGAAUAUGGGAAGUCACUUAGGUUUUAUGGAGCUGCAAAGUCGGAACUAAGCAACAACAGUAUCGAGGCAGAUGAUUUGUUAAAUAACCUGAGAACUGAAGUAUAUACUCAGUUUGCUCAUACUUAUUUAAGGCUUGGCAUGUUAUUGGCUAGGGAAGAUACAGUAGCCAAUGUUCAUAUAAAUGGAGCUCUGGAAGACAAACCGAUGGGGUCUCAAGGUCUUGGUGAAAAAAGGACAAAGAAAGGACAUAAGAAGAGUCAGAUUUCAGCCAAUGAUGCCAUUAGGGAAGCGUUGUCCAUUUAUGAGUCUUUGGGUGAUGUACGAAAACAGGAAGCUGCAUAUGCUUAUUUCCAGCUAGCUUGUUAUCAGAGGGAUAGUUGCUUGAAGUUUUCAAAUUUAAGCCACAGAAGCAGCAAUCAAUCAAAAAAUGAAAAUGGCAUUCUCCAAAGGGUAAAGCAGUAUCUUUCCUUAGCUGAGAGGAACUGGCAGAAGGCUGUUGAAUAUUACAGUGCAAAGAGACAUCCUACCAUGUAUCUAACCAUAUUAAUUGAGAGAGCAGCUCUAUUAUCAAAUCUCCAUAGUGUUUAUAAUUCAUAUGUGAUGCUAGAAACAGCCUUGACUUGCCUGCUUGAAGGACGUUACGUCUCAGCAAAAGUGCAUUCAGAUUCCUCCUCUAGUGACAAGUCAGAUGUCUUUGCUAAAUUCUGGAGGCAAUUGCAGAUGCUGUUGAAGAAGAUGUUGGCCUCUUCUCUAUCAGCAGGUCCAAACAAAACGGUUGUUGCUUCACAGGCACCAACUCCAUCAUCAAAGAGGUUUGGAGAUUCUGAGAAAUUGAAAGAGCUUUAUAAGAUGUCCCUCAAAUCCCAAGAUUUCCACCAGUUGCAAUCUAUGAACAAGUUAUGGGCUGGUAUCACUGUACAGGAUGAUCAAACUAACUCAACUGGCAGUGACUAACAUCCCAGACUGAAAGUACGGCAUGAUUUCGGCAUCUUGUGUGUGUAGUGCUUCAUAAUACUGUCUGGUAACUAGUGGCUGUGGCUACUCUUGUGUCCUAAAAACAGCGUCCAAUAUGCGCAGCUCAACUAGAUGCAGACAUGAUUACCAUUGCACCACCUUUGGUUCAGCUAUUUGUAUCUAUAUAAAUAUAUUACUCUGGUGCGCUGGAAGGCUUGCACUGUGUAUAUAAUUGUGCAAAGGUUUCUAAAUACUACGUAUUACAUGAUGUAACGGUGUUAGCGAAUCCUAUAAUGUAUGUAUAAUAGCUCCCAGUAAGUCAGAAAUAGUGUAGUAACCUGAGUUGGUAAGGAAUAGUCACACUCUAGUUUUCUUGUGCUCUAGAUAGUUAUAUGGUUUGAACAUUGGAGAUGUGGCUUCAACUUGUUACUUUGUGUAAAUGAAUUGAUACGCUCAAGGAACUUCUUUAGCUAGUGCUGCAACUGAUUUGGCAUUGAGUUUUCCACCUUUUUUAUU